GACAUAACAAAUUAGAGGCAGAGGCAAGUUUGCGCUUAAAAUGAUCAUCUUGAAAACCCUCAAGGACCUCACUUUGAUGAGAAAUAUCCUUCAGAAGGAGCUUCCACAAUCCAUCAAUGUUCUUGGAGGAGUGUUGCAUAUCCUCAACAACAACUCGUGUCAUCUGGAGAUGUGUGUCGACUCCUGGCCUACAUUCACGGCUGCCAUUUGUUACCGUCAAAAACAGGUAGAGCACACAGGGACAAAGAUAACUUAUAGGCUCCUCCGGCGUGGCCAACUGAUCUGUGUAUCCGCCUGUGAAGCAUUUCAGCCGCAGCUCUGGGCCUUUUUUUUCAAAUUUUGUUCAUAUACUUCACUGUGUGUUAGGAAGCUGUUGGCCCUGCCUGUUUCCAUUCUGGAAGAGUCCCAUGCUGAUCUGGUAGACGCCCACUUGCCGUAUGGAGGCAGCCAGGAGAGCCUGAACCACGUGAGAGCCUGUAUCCGCCAUCUGCCAAACCACUGCGUGAGGGAUGGGAACGGCCGGCCCGUUUCAUGGAUGCUGUCUGAUGAGCUGUGUGAGCUGAGGAUGGCGUACACCUUACCAGAGUACAGACGGGCCGGUCACCUCCUGGCUCUGUCUGUUGCUCAAAUUUGCAGGGUGAGCUCUGCAGGCCUGCCUGUCUACUGCCAUGUCAACCAGCAGAACCAGGCCACGAUUAAGGCUGUGACCUCACUCGGCUUUUCUCCAUGUCCCGGUAUGGAGAACAUCUCAGUGCUGCUGAUAUGCAGGGACAGAGUCUGAGUAGCAAAACUAAUGACAAUAAAGUCUGCUGGAUGACUGAAAACACACUGGAAAAAUAAGGGUUUGCUUUAUGGCUAAAUGUUACACUCAUCCUCUUUGUUUUAUGAUUCCUGUUUCCAUACGGAGCUCAGGGGAUGCUAUUCUAGACAGUUUAGUCCGUCUCUGACAGCAAACUGCAAGUAGAACAAACUCAAAAAUAACAAUUUCUUUGCCUUAGGGUGGCUUAGAUGGAUAUGCCAGCCAUGCUGCUCCCUUUUACUCAGUAAAACAGGUAUAGAAAGUCCCUCAAUAUAAUACAAACCAGCCUUCAGUUUGACCCACUGGCAUGUACUGCACUGCUUUUCUUGGUGAAAAAGAAUCCUUAAUCUGCAGAUCACCAAAGAAGGCUGUCCGCUCACCUGGGACCCCUCCCUGGAGGUGUGCUGUUCCACUGCUGAUUGCCGCUCUGUAUUUUAGCAGCAAUGCACCAUUCAAGUCUGCAGGCAACUUGACAAAUGAGCAGGGAUCUGAGCGGAGGGGAUACUCGUACUGCACCACACAUCCUGUCCCAUUCACAUCCCCCCUGUCCCGCAGUGGUGCACCUUUCUCCACUGAUGCCCUUUCCCUUCUCUAAACCAGCAAGAGCUCUCCUCAAAGUCACACAAGUACAGUACACGCUAAAUACAUGUUUGCUAACGCAGGUGCAUACAAACACACAACUGAAAGAGUAAGUCUGUUAACACAAGCAUGUUCUUUUCUAUCUUAAAAUGUAGUGUACAUUUAUUCCAAGUUAAACCAGUUACUAUUUCAGAUUCCUUUAAUACUUAAAUACAUGAUAAAGGUGAGUUUAAUUUUUUAUUUUGGAUUAUUAUUUGAACAAUCAUUAAUGGAUGACAGUUAACUUGCAAACUGUUUAAAUAAUGGAUUUUUAAAGCCACAUUUAAAGCAAAAGAAGAAAACUAUUGUCUUCUUACAAACAUUUGCAUUGGGAUGAUUGGCUGCUUAAUCUCUGUUCAUAUCAUUGUCAAUUAAAUAUAUUUGGGUUUUGGAUUGUUUGAAAAGAAUAUGUAAAUGUAUUUAAAUUUGUCAGCUUUUGUGCAGCUGAAUUUUCCACUAUUUUAUGACAAUUGUAGGCUUAUUGUCUUUGUCUUAAUUAUAAGGAGAUCAGCCAGUAAUGUAAAUGAUGGUUGGUUUUGAGCCAUUAUUGUAAAUUUGAUGUGAUCAUUUCUGUGCAAAAGGUACUAAUUGGAUUAAUAAGUGUUUGCAACAAACAGUCUGUCUUUGGUAAAAGAAAAAAAAAGAGCAAAACAAAACAAAGCAGGGCUGUAAAUAAGAAAGUCUUUGGUCCCUCUUUUGGCCUUUUAACAAUAAAUGGUCGAGUUUGAUCAGAGAACUUAUCAGAAGUCGGUUCAAAGGGGGUUUUCUGAAUCGUAAUAUUCAUUCACACACCACUCUAACAACCGUUAAAUAUUAUUUUUCUCUUCAAUGAUAUCUUCUUCCAAAGCCAGACUGUACAGGUCUUAUGUUGCAUCCAAACAUCCACUGAAACAUGAGAUGUCUUUUUCACCUACAGCAUGAAUCUAUUUAAGUGCUCACCCUUCAAUACAGUCAGAGAGUAGGACGAUUUCAAAGAAUAGGCAGCCGGAGGGUUUUAUGCAGGCUGCAUCGGCUGCAGAUCUUUACUCAUCUGAAUUAAGACUUCUGAGUCAGCUAAGAAGCAAAAAAAAAGAAGAAAACUCAGGACAUGAAGUACCUGACAGCUGAGCUACUUCUGAAGCUUCAUCAGUGUGAUGCCUGCAACUGCAACCACCACUUGAGGACAGCAUCCACCCACUAGUCCUGCUCAGAAACUGCAUCCGUGAAAGAGCGUGGAGCCGAGUGUCUGACGCAGCAUGCGAUCAUUCACCUUGACUGCGCGUGCUGCUCGGACUUGCCUGGGUGCAGCAGCUGUCCACACAUUCCAUCACUACCCACACCCCCAACACUGCCCCCAUAUAGAGCCAGUGCACUCUGCCAGCCAUGGAGUGGGACGUACUAUCGAUCCUGCUGAAAUGAUGGUUUCUAAAAGGGAGGCAGUAAGCAUGUCUGCACUCCCCUCCUCCACUGUGGAGGGGCCCUGAGAUAUCACCGAGCUCAGCACAUUGCACCAUCACCGUAUGGGAAAAUGGGAUUUUCAAUGCGAGAUGAGCUGAGGGGAAGGUAAUUCAAGUCGCAAAGCUAUGUUCUCCAGCAAGGAUGUAAAAUGAGCCUUUUUACCUUCAGAUGCCUCAUACAGUGGACAAAUAAGGUCAUUUUAAAUGUCCUAUUAGUUAAAGUCACAGAAAAAAAUCUGAUGCCAUAUGGGAAAAGAGGGUGAGGGCUGAAGUACAGUAGGAUGUUUGUUUCAUUUUCAAACUCUCAUCUUUGCAGUUUUUAUUUUUGUUUUUCAGGUUGAAGAACAUGUUUUGUCUUAUUUAAUCUGCAUAAUUCUGCAAAGAACUUCAGCGAUUUUGAACAAUUGAUAAAUGACUUAAGCAGC